AUGAAUGCCUUGAUUGAAUUACUUACUGCAUGUCUCAAUUAUAAUGAGAACGGCGCUGAUGAUAUGCAGCGUUAUCUAGUUCAACCGGCACAUUUUGAAUCGUUGUGGCGUCUUUACUUUGAUCCAUUGUUAAUUGAAACAGUAGUGGUUAGCCAAGAUCCACGCGCUAAAACUGAUGCUCCUGGUCAAACAGCUUAUUUAUCAAGACAACCGAUUACAGUGCGAUGGACAGACGGCCGCGAAGAUGUAUGCAGUGAUGGCAUAGUAAAUGUUCGCGAACGUAUCGAUAAUCUUGUUCAUCGAGCAUUGGGUAUCUGUGAUGGGAAAGAUCAAUUGAUGAGUUUACUUACCAGUAUACAAACAAGUCUAUUCAGAGCUGAUCAUGUCUUCUUAGCUUGGCAACGUCUAUAUCGUUAUGUCAAGGCCUUAGUUUACUUUGACGAGGAUAUUAGUGAAUAUCUUUUCGAACGUUUAUUUGAAGUUGAUAUGGUCGGAUAUGAGAAUCAACUAAAUAAAUUUAUACUUGAUCAUCUAUUUGAAAUAUGGCCAACGUUGCCGAAUGAGGAUCUAAUUAAAUCAAUGCGGUGUCGUAUUGUUCAACUUGUGCAAAUACUUAUUGAUCGCAAGACAAAUAAUUCAGAUGCACUCAUUGAACAAUUGACUGAACGUAUCUGCGCCAAUACACCAGCACAAAAUGUACGCGGUCAUCCAUGUUUCAUCUUACUUCUUAAUGAUUUACUGCCAAACUAUUAUAAAGAAGGUUUAACUGGAGCUAUUAAGAAAAUUGAUCAGAAUACGUUGAUGUGGUAUGUUGAUUUGAUGAUCGGUGAUAAAAAUACGAUCGAUGAUAGGAGUAGCCAUCGUUCAGCUCUGAUGUGUAUUUUGAAAUAUUUGAGCAUGUUUACCGAACAUAAUCUACUACAGCACUGGUUUGAUCUUUUGAUAAAUCAUCCUGCCGAUGCAAUAUGUUUUGAACUUAUCGAACAUUCUCUUUGUCCAACUACGACACUUGCAACUUACAUACAACAUAUCAAUGAAAUUCAAGUACAGCAAGUUCAUCGAUGUAUUCAAUUCGAGUUAGCCAAUCAAUAUAUUCCAACCUUAUUAACAAUACUUGAAUCAUUAGUUAAGAGUAUUCAAACACAAAAAUAUCUGUUUCGAUCAGAUGAUCUUCAUUGUAUCGUACAGUCGUGGUUAUCUAAGACUACUCUUCCGUCGAUCAUCAUUCGACUUAUUGAAUUACUCAUUGAUAUCGGCUAUUCAAAAUAUAACCAACACGGCAAAGAUAUUGCUAAAUUUUUUCUUAAUGAAUAUUCUUUUACAUUAAUUUCAACCAAUUUCGAAGGUCAUAGCCCUCUGGCUCAUAUUAUUUUAUUUAUUACUUCAAUUAAGAAUAGCGAUGAAAUGAACGCACUCGAUAUUAAUUUGAGUUCAGAACAACUUAUUCAGCUUUUAUUUAAAAGCAUUGAUGAAAUGACUGAUGAUGAUACUGGUUCAAGUGCGUUUCAUUUGCAUAGUCUCAGCGAAGAUAUUGUCAAGCCACGGUCACGUAGUACAUUGAUUCAACUACUCUCAUCGUUCAUUCCAGAUAUUAUGGGCCUAUUGGGUCGUACGAGUUUGUUAAAGAAAGCUGGCAUUAUUUUACUUGCUGAAAUUUUGGAUUUGUCAUCGAACGAACGUUCUGUAUUAAUGGAUAACGUUCAAAUUGAUUCAACUAUGGACGACACCAGUGAAUUCGGCAAUAACACUCAACAGCAACAACAGCAAAUAGUAUUCUUCAGUACUGCACAAUCGAAAGUAUCUGAUGUCGUUCGUAUAAAACAUCAAGAUUUUCUCAAUGGACGGGAACUUUUGAAAAGUUUAAACAGAAUCCAAUCGAACAAAAUUGAUCAGAUUCUACGUGCUCAUUUGCCUGAUAUGUCUUCAAAAACACUUAUCGUCAACGAUCAAGAACAACGAGAUCGACUUGUUCUAACUGAUACAGCACGCGAGAACGUAUCUAAAGUACUUGAAGUACUUCAUGAUCCAAUUCCGAUCCUACUUGAAGGUAGCACUGGUGUAGGCAAGAGUGCUAGUGUCAUGGAAGCAGCUCAUCAAUCGGGACAUAACCUUAUUCGUUACAACAUGUCGUCACGUGUUACAAUCGAUGAUCUACUUGGUAAAGUAGCACUCGCACUCGAUGAACUAUCUCAAACAACUCGAUUACAAUUUGUUGAUGGACCAUUUACAAUAGCAUUUGCACGCGGCUAUUGGAUAUUGUUUGAUGAACUCAAUCUUGCUCAAGAUACUGUACUCCAAGCUAUCGAAUCGGCUCUUGAUACGCGGCAAUUAAUCAUCCACAACAUGAGUUCAGCUCAACAAUCAGUGGUUGUUCAUCGAAUGCAUCCAGAUUUUCGAUUGUUCGCAACGCAAAAUCCAAAUACAGGCUUUUUCAAAGGCAAACGAGAAAAAUUAUCUCCAUCAUUUCUCAGCCGUUUUCGUCCACUUAUAUUCAAAGAAUUACCCGAUAGUGAAUGGCGUGAAAUUGUUAAAAAACGACUCUCUACCUUAAUGCCCGACCAAGCAGACGUAUUAGCCGAAUUAUUAGUAUCGAAUUUCAAUGCCAAUAUCAAAGCAGCAUUACAUGAUUCUACACAGACAUUGAUUGAGGCGGGUCCCUAUGCCGAAAUUUCAAUUCGUGAACUUCUCAAAUGGGUAGAAUUACUACUAUGCUGGCAAAAACAGAAUCCUCUGUGGUCUCAAGACACCACUAUUCGUGCUGCUUUACUUAGUUUUAGUGCUUGGUGUGUGUAUGGUGCCCGAUAUCGUGCUACAGGUCGUCGUCUCGUCGAGAAUAUCUUGACUGAUAAUGGUCGCGGUGGUUGGGGAUGUCCAGCCUUGAAAAACAUUAAAAUGAUUGUUAAUCAUGUUGAAAAAUGUGUGUAUUUUGAUGAUGUUCGUCAUCCGAUUCGAUUCGAAUUAGAUAUUAACGAUCCAAUAAAAGAAUGGGCAUCUAUGUUUUCUACAGCGAAUAUGGAAAUUGUUGAUUUUGAUUCAAAUCUAUGGAAUAUAGCUGUUCAAACACAUCUAAAAGUUCAUGAAGCCUUGAUGACUAAUGAAUUUAUUCGUUUACAUGGUAUCUAUCGAAUCGAUCAGUCUUGGCUCUGGGAUUGGAUCAUCUCAGCCGCUCAAUUAAAUAUUCUUGGAAAACGUAAAGAUUUUGUACUUCAUGGCUGUAAAAUGUACCAAUGCCGUUUUCGUCAUAGCAAAGCACAAGAAACAAUUCGGACGUGUUUCUAUGAAAUAUUCAAAAACUCGGAUUUGAAACAAAAGAUGAAUUUCGAUGACGUUUUUGUACGACCAGAAAUGCCUUAUGUACUCACUGAUCGAGUGUUAUCAACUCUCAAACAAGUAUGUUUCAAUAUGAAUAUCAAACAACCAAUACUUAUUACUGGUGCUGAAGGAUGUGGCAAAUCAGAACUUCUACUAACACUUGCCUCGUUUUGUGGUCAACGCGUACAUCAAUUGAAUAUAACUCCUGAAACAGAGCCAUCAGCUCUUGUUGGUCAACUUGUUCCAAACGACGAUAAAGAUGAAAGUGGCCCUAAUUAUGGUAAGACAUUGAUUUGGCAGAAUGGAUGUGUCACACAAGCUUAUACCAAUGGUCAAUGGGUACUUCUCGAUAAUCUUGGCACAGCUGAAUCAUCGGUACUCGAAAGGCUCAAUCCUGUUCUCGAACAGAAACCGAUGUUGAUAUUAACUGAAAAAGGUGAUGUUGAUGAACAAAUUAUGCAUGAGAAUUAUCAACUUGUGGCUACAAUGACACCACCUGAUACUCGACAGCAAUUACAAAUGAACUUGACUGGCUCAGGAAAUGAACUAUCGCCAGCACUCUACAAUCGUUUUGCUGUAAUCCAUAUGCAAGAUCUAACAUUUGAUAUUACUCAUGAUUCCGAUGAGUUGAAAAUGAUCGCCAAAGCACUACUGUCUGAUGAAUCUGAUGUCGAUCAUCAAUUGGUGAUUAAAUUAUGCGAAAUAAUUUUCUCAUUUUAUAAAAAUAAUACCAAGAACUUUCCAAAAUUUACUUUACGUAAUAUCAUUCGAUUACUCGAUAGUACUCAUCUUCUUCGUUUAAGAUUCAAAUCUACACUUGAUUUCAUCUCGAGCUUAUGGACAGCCUACAAUGUGACAAUUGCUAAUCAAAUUAAAGGCGCCGAACUUCGAACCGAAUUAAAUAAUCACGUUAAACGACUUCUUGAGACACAAAAGUCGCCAAUCAAACUGCAGCAACCAAAAUUUACCGAUUGGGUUAACGAAAGUAUGGAGCAUAUCUUAACUGAAAGUCGACUUAACUAUGCCAAUGCCAUAUUGGGUGCUGUUGCAUGUAAUAUUCCUCUGCUACUCGAAGGACCUGCAGCUGUCGGUAAAACAGCACUGAUUUCCUACUUAUGCAAACAUAUGAAACCACAGUCACUGAAUAAUCUUUCGAGCACGCCAAAUCGACUCGAACGAGUUAACAAUAACGAUACAACAACUAUUCAGGACUACCUCGGCGCAUUUUUACCUGUAAAUGAUGGUUUUGCUUUCCAGAAAGGAGCUCUCUAUAGAGCUAUGGAAAAUGGCUGGUGGUUUCUUGCAGAUGAAUUCAAUUUAGCCGAUCCAUCAGUCAUGAACAUGCUCUUCCCAUUACUUGAAGGAAAAAAUUCCAUCACUAUACCAUCAAGUGGUAAGAUAAUUAACGCCAAAUCUGGCUUUCAAUUUUUUGCAACUCAAAAUGAUGCUUCAUAUGCCAAUCGACACCAGCUACCAGUAUCAUUGCGUAAUCGUUUUCUUGAAGUACAAUUUGGUGAAUUUCCUGAGAAUGAAUUAUCAGAAAUUAUUAAAAAACGUGAUGAAAUUGGGAAAAAGAAACCAUCUUGUUUAACCAAUGCAUCGACUCAGCAACUAGCCAGUUUUUAUCAUCGAGUUGUUAAUACUCGAUCACGUAUUACAUUUCGUGAAUUAGUCAAAUGGCUUCAUCGACAUGCUCUGUUUUCUCCUCAAAAAGAUCUUUGGCCUAUUGUCGGUGCUUCACUGUUAGGUGCUAAAUACUCAUUGGAUUCUACAAUACGUGAAACACUUCUCAAUGAUCUUCAAUCAACAUGGCGACAAAUUUCUCUGUCACCAAACCCACAAAUCGAAAUUAAGGAAAUCAAUGGACAAGUUCGUUUUCGAGAAGGACCACUUUAUAUUGAUGUACCCAAUAUGACACUUGCCGAUAGUCUAGUACUCACAUCACCCGACAGUUUUCAUCGUUCACUUAUUCGUCUUUCUCUCGCCAUUUACGCAAAAGAACCUGUUCUUCUAAUCGGACCAACUUCAUGCAAAACAUUACUCGUAGAAACAUGGGCACGGCUUUCAAACCGAUCACUCGAACUCACUAAGGUACAUUUAACACCGGACACAGAAGCUAAUGAUCUAAUUGGCGAAAUUCAACCUUAUUCUUUUCUUGAUCUACUCAAACGAUUACCUAUAAUGGCUGAGCGAGUUUAUCUUCGAUUUAGAAGUCUUUGCCGACACCACAGUACAACAGGAGAAGUAGCAACUAGGGAUGAAAUAUUUGUCCAACCUAUCCUCGAUCUCAUUAACAAGCAACUUCCCGAAGCUAUACGACAAUUUGAAGUAGCUUACACACGUGAUGAAGACCGCCGAAAACAAAAGGAUGAACUUCAUGAUAACUUAACAGCAUUUCGUACGGAAGCCGAAGCAAUAUUAAUACCAUCCUCAUCUUCCGAGCUUCGUGGUGAUCAUGAGAACGAACCAGAGCCUACCACAAAUUUAGCAGGCCAUUCAUCUUCAUCGAGAUCAAUAGCGAAUACAUCGUUCUCAAGUUUUUAUCAAGUUGAUGAUUCUUACGAUCUUACCUAUCAACCAGAUAUGGAACCAACCUAUUCCGAGUCAGAUGAUUCAUAUAUAAUGAUCGAUGAUGGUUUUAGUAACUAUGGUGAGGACUUCAAUGUUCCACAAUUAACAACUCCAGCGAACACCACUACAUCAUUAACAUACGUUGAUGAUGGUUUUGAUCAACCAAUACCUACUUCAACAUCAGACAUUACAUCGACAGAACCUGUUUUUGAAUUAGAUGAUGGUUUCGAUGUGCUUAUUCAUGUAGAAAAAUCUGAAAUCGUAUCUGAACCGAAGAACAAAGUAAACAUAGAAUUACAAUCGAUUAUUCUCGAUGACGGCUUUUCGGAUGUGAUUAAUCCAAAUACAACCAUGGAACCAACAGUUCCACCCAUGAAAUCUCCGAAGUCACUCCACGAAACUGAAUUUCCCGAAUCACUAUCGAUUGCCAUUGACACCAUUCGUGAUCAUUUCAAAGCCAUGCUUCAACAUGCACAUUAUGCUUCGUUUACAACAAAAGAUAUGACAUUGCGUGAUUAUCAAUCGAAAUUUAUCGAUGUUUGGGACCGUUUAACAUCUCGUAAUUUUGAUCGAAGAAAACCAAUAUUUCUCUACAAUGAUGGGCCAGUAACUAUGACAGCAAAACAGGGCGGUAUUCUUUUUCUUGAAGAUCUCGAUCUGCCAAAUCAAGCAGUCAUUGAACGAUUGAAUUCGAUGCUCGAACCGACUCCUAGCUUUGCACUCACUGAAGAUAUAACAAGUCAUGCGGAGAAAGGUCAACUCGACAUAACACUAUCGAGUCAAUUUCAAAUCUUUGCCAGCGUUCAUCAAGAUCAAGUUCAUCAAGUACUUAAAUUAAGUCCAGCAACGCGUUCGCGUUUUACAGAGAUCUAUGUCCCAGCUUAUACUGAAAAAGAUCUUCAAACACUUGUGAAAACAGAAUUACUAAAAAGACACGUACAUCUCAAUCAAGUCGAUUCUAUUGUUGGCUUAAUGUUUUCAUUACGGCAAAAACUACGCGAUGAUUCAGAAUGGAAAUUAAACAAUGACAUUCAACUAUUGUUUCGUUGGACUGAUUUCAUUACAAGCCAUCAUACAUCGUUAUCACUUGUAAACCGUGUCUUUCUUGGUGCUCGUUUCUUCUAUUUCGAUCAAUUGCCUUUAUCACAGCAUGCUUUUCUGUUUGAAGAAUGGCGCAAAAGCUCAUUAAGAAACGAUCUGUAUCAUGAAUAUGAUGAUAUUUUCAAAGCGCCAACAGCGUUACAUGGUGCGAUAACUUUCGAAUUAAUUAAAGCUAAUGAAAUAAAUGAAGACGCACAGGUUCCAUUCGAUAUUGGGCCUGGAUAUAUAGCAUUACGUUAUACAGGCGUUCGAUAUUCCUAUGAAAAGAUUGAUGAACAGAAUCAAGGAAUGCAAUUAAACGAAUUACGUAAACGUUUCUAUUGCGUUCCAACAUCAACAAUGAUCAAUCAAAUUGCGCGCAUAUUCGCGGCAACUUCGUCAAACACACCAUUAUUACUCGAAGGUCCACCAGGAAUCGGAAAGACUCAAGUUGUUAUUCAAGUUUGUUCAUUACUUAACAAGCAAUGCGAACGAAUCAACUUAUCAGCAAAUACUUCGCUUGAUCAGUUGAUUGGUUGUAUUAUUCCUCGAUUUGUCAAUGGCAUACGUAUUUUUCAAUGGCAAGAAGGACGAGUUUUGUCAGCAAUCAAAGCUAACAAAUGGAUUCUUUUUGAUGAACUCAAUUUAGCUGCACCGGAAGUGCUGGAAGGUCUUACGCCACUAUUCUAUCGUGGUGCAACACAUUUUACUGUACCGACAACAGGCGAAAUAGUCGAAGUGAAAAAUAUUCGUCUAUUUGCUACGAUGAAUCCGUCAACAAUCGGUGGUGGCCGAAGUAAAUUACCCCGUUCAAUUAGUAAUCUAUUUAGUAUUGUUCAACUCGAUGAUUAUUCAGAAAAUGAAUUACGUAUGAUUCUUGUACGAUUAUUUGCUCAUGAUUUGAAAGAAAACAAUAUCAAUAUGGAUCAACUCGAUGCCUUAUUCGACACUCACAUAUCACUAAAAGUACUAGUACGACAAGGUAAUCUUGGACGAACAGGUGGCCCAUAUGAAUUAAACUUACGUGACCUUUCCAAAUUUCGUGAUGUAUUUCGUGGCUCUAUCGAAAGUCAAUUGUUUCAUUAUCAGCAUAUGAACACUGGUGAUGAUGAUAACGAAGAAAAUAGGACAAAAGAAGAGUUGAAUUCAAGUAUAGGCGCUUCUGAUGCGCGAUUUUUAUCGAUUCGCAAAUUUGCUCAAGUUGUUUACGCAUGUCAAUUUCAAGAUCAAAAUGAUUUCGUUCAAGCAUGCGAUUUGAUCAAUUCAAAAUUUCCGAUCAAUGCAGUUUUGAGUAAACUUGAAAAUGACUUUUCAAUUGAUACAAGUGUGGCCACUGUUGUACGUAUUGGUUCGAUUUAUGUAGGAGCUGGCCGAGAAGAACCAUCGCCAAUCGAUAUUGGUCUUAUUCAUACGAAGAAAACUGUUCGUCAAUUGGAAUUACUUGCUGCUGCAUGUCAAUCACGACGAGCUAUCCUUCUUGAAGGUGAUAUUUGUUCUCGUAAAUCGUCACUUGUGAUGGAACUUGCACGUUUAACCCGUAAUCGCCUCAUCAUUAUUCCACUACAUGAAAAUUUUGAAACAACAGAUUUAAUUGGUUCGUGGAGACCUAGUAGUGACCAUGAAUGCAAUAAUCCUCUAUUUAACAAAAUCGAUACUAUGUUCAAACAAGUGAUAAAAACCCUCUUUCUUCUUCUUAUGCCAUUGUUAUCAAAAGACAGUAAUGAACAUGUAUUCAACGAAUUUAAAGAUAUUCUUCUUAAACGAACAACUGUUCCAGGCGCAACUCGUUAUGAGACAAUUCCUUAUGAAAUCGAAGCUCUUAAAAAAACUGUUACACUAUUAACAACAUUGACUAAAAUCAGUCAAAUGUCUAAUGAAAUCAAACUACUUCUAUCAUGUUAUGCUCGUCAAUCUGAUUACUAUGUCAAUAAACUGGAACAUAUUCGUUUAAAUGAAAAACAAGAAAUUGGUUUCAUCUUCGUUGAAUCAGAAUUCGUUCAAGCUAUUCGCGAAGGUUGGUGGGUUCUUCUGGACAACAUCAAUAGUGCACCUUCUGAAGUACUUGAACGAUUAAAUUCUCUAACAGAAGAUAAUCCAAUGUUAUCGUUAUAUGAAAAUUCUGAUGGUCAAGUUUUAACACAAUCCGAUGGAAUAAAUCCAAAUUUUCGUCUGUUUACAACAGCCAAUCUCAAUCGAAUCUAUUCAAAUAAACUUUCAUCGGCGUUUCUUAAUCGAGUCAUACGUAUUUGUUUGCCACCCAUUGAUCAAUGGGAUAUGGCAAACGGAAAUGAUCCGACUAGUAGUGAUUUGUAUGAAUUAAUUGCCACACAAUUAUCAACAAUUCCAGCUGGUAAACAAUUGACGCAUUUAUUAAUUUUGAUGCAUCUCAAUGUUAAACAAUAUGUAAAAGAUGGCCGUUUAACUUAUCCGAGUGAUUUUCUUGUUACUUAUCGCCUUCUUGAACAAUGCAUUCGUACUUUACGUUAUUUGGUUGAUCAAAAUAUCAAUCCAGUUGACGCUUGCUAUUGGUCGUUAUUGCGAUCCUAUUGUUCAUCAUUGAAAGAUUUAUCAGAAUAUCAAUUUUAUCUUGAAAAACUUCAACAAACAAUCGAUAGUCUUCAUCUUUGCUCGACAUCAACAAUUUAUUCAACACCAGCAGAUCCAUGUGAUGAGAAGCAGCCACUUUGGCUUCAACAAACACAACCGAUUCGUUCUCAUUUUAUUCAAUUUGAACGAUAUCUUAUUGAAUUAAUCUUAAAUUUGAUUCAAUUACUUGUUAAUAAUGAAAAAUUGAAUAAACUAACGCGAGAUCUGCUCAUAUUAUUUAUCGAUAAUAUUCUUCUAUUGAUGACACCUACCGAUGCGCAACUCAUUCAACUCAAACAAAUAUUGACUAAUGAGAAUGAUAAUCAAUUGAAUUUAUCAAAAAUUUUACUUGAAUUAAUACAGCAUAAACAAAUCACGCCUCGUUCAGAAGUGCAACGAUCGAUGAAUAUUGCAACUUUCAUUCAAGAAUUUCUCACAAACGAAUCAUCGUCAUUCGAAUUACUAUGUCUUGAAUUGACUGAUCUAUUAGAACAUUUCAUUGGUCAAACAUCUUUUAGUGACACGCAUGAGCGCUUAUCAUUUAUUCAACGAACCAUUUCAAUUAUUGAAACAUUUAAUCAAUUUUUCACUUCUUCUAUAUUUGGUUUAUUCAAUCGAGAGACUCAACUAACAAAUCUAUGUUCACACAUGACUAAAUAUCUUCGACCUCUCUUAUCAUUCAAAGACAAAUGUUCAACCUUCGAACUCUUUCAUGAUCCAUCAUUCCUAGAAGCUAAGCAACAAUUUCGUACGCAUAUGUUUACCAAUUUCGAUAGCGGCCUUAUUUGGUCAUUUGAACGCGCACAAACAUUUCCGAUUCGAACAUCAAGAAAAGAUCUUCGGAAAUUGGUCGAGUUCAUUCGAAAAGAUCAAUCAAAAUCGAAUCUCGAGCCAAUACAGUAUUUUUCGACACUUUUAGAAUGGAUAGGUCUUCGAUGGACAUUUGAUGAAUAUUUAUCGCCUAGUGUUCGACAAGUUUUACAACGAAAUGUUUGUAUAACACAUGAUUUCAUCGUUGAAUGUGAAGUGAAAUUUUGUUGUUGGGAAUUAUGUAAGAUUCUAUCAACAAUGAUUCUACAAGUUAUUCAGGAAUUUCCGCUAGAAUCAAGCACAAUGAACAACGACUAUUUACGAUUAAAGAAAGAUUUUGCAACAAAACAAAAUGAAUUGGACAAAUGCGAAGAAAAUGUUCAACAAUUUAGAAAUCGUGUUGAAAGCUUGUCUCAAGAAAAUUUACAAACAGAUAACACACAUACAAUGCCGGCAACAGAAAGUCACUUGAUAAAUACUCGAGCUCGACUGCAGCGUAAUGUUUCUUUAUUCCGUGCAGAAGACAAUGAUCAGCAAGUGCGAUUCGAAGAAGCAACUCGGGAAUUAUCUCAACGAAGAACCGAAGUAAAUCAAUUGUUUGACCAAUUAUCUCGUGUUGAAAAGUCUCGAACAGCUGCAAUUGAUAAAGCAUUAGCUUCACGCUCAAAAUUUUCUGAAGAAAUGCAAAAACUACGAACAUCUACUGCUUUUCAGUUUGUUCAUGAUCGAUUCGAACAAUCGGAUGCGAAGCGAUUUAAUGAAUUUUGUCAAAUCCUACUCAACGCCCAUCGAAACCCCAGUUUAAUCAACCUCGAUGGUCAACUCGAUCUGCGCGCCGUUCUUGCAACACCUUUCGGUCGUCAAUUAAUUGAACACGAUGACAUACUUGAAGCGCCAUUAAUACUUUUUCUAUGCGGAUUUUUUACCUAUCCACGUUUCUAUCAUGGCCACCGAUUGCAUAUUAUCUCUGAUUGGAAACAUUUUCAAAAUCAACUUGAUAUUCGUACAAUUAAUUCACUAGAUUUAAUUAUAUAUUGUCCUAGUAAACAACCGUUCAAUUGCUGUCUUCUUUCGAUUAAAAAUGAAUCCCGUUCAAUAUCAAUUCAUAUGUUUAGUUUACAACAAAAUAUUGACAUUUAUGAACUAAACGAUAUUUUAACAGACAACUUACCGGAAGGAAUUAAAAUUACUAUUUUGCAAGAACAAUUUCCUUAUAUCGAUGGAACUCUAUCGGACAAUGAUCCAAAAGCAUUUGGAUUUGGAUGUCUUUUAUAUUUACAUGAACCAACAAAUAUGGCAACAAAAAUAACGACAAAUGAUAUUUAUGAUCAAACAACAAUAAUUUACAAUCAACUUAAACAAUUUGUCAAGCAUAACACAUUCGAACGAAAACCAUUGCCAGCCUUCAUCCACCAACAAAUCAUUCGAAUGGAAUCAGAAUUCGAAGCUCUUACUAGAGGAAAUCUAAAUAGCGAUGAUGUUUGGCUGACAGUUAUUCAGCAAAUGCAGACCUUUAUUAAACCAUAUCAAGAAGUAUUUUCAUCAAUUACUGUUCAAAAUAUUUAUCAAGAAUUAAUAUAUUCAAUCCAAUCUAUUCAACUGCCUGAUACGAGCAGCCGUUUGACAUCUCUAGCUUUCAUACAGUCUUUUGCAACUAAGUAUAGCUGCGUACAUUUAAUUGAUAAGCAUUUACGUGACAAUGCUAAUUUACAACAUAUUGAAAGCGUUGAAGAUUUUCAACUUUUAUUUGAUUUUAUUAAAAAAUCAAUACGUCUACUGAGACUGAUUAUUCAGCAUGUUAUUUUUGGUGGUGACCGCUUUUCGAAUGAACUCUACCAAUCUACACCUGAUAUUAUCGCACAUCUUGAAGUCAUUUUUCGUACAACAUUAAAAGUGAUCGAUAUUGUUGAGGGAUUUGUACACGUCGGUAUUAAGCAAUCAAAAGAAAUCUUUGAAGAAUUUCAAAGAAAACUUGAUCAAUAUUUAUCGAAUUUAUAUUUACCGUCGGCGCUUCUUUCCCGAUAUGGACUUGUUAAUUUUGUUACUCGUCUAGCCCCAUUAUUUGAUGAACAUCGAGAAAAUCGUUCAUUAACAAAUUCAGGAUCAAAUGAAUCACACUCAAGUUCGUUUGUAAAUAUAGAUCCAAUAGAAAUCCGAAAAAAGACUAUGCAAAGCAAAAUCAAUGAAAUGAUGAUAAAUUUUACUGGUUUAUUGUCACGUGCAAGUCAAUUACCUUUUCGACCUCUUCACAUUAUUCAACGUAUUCAUCGACAGUUAGAUCAGUUGAAAACAUUCGAUGUUGAUCAAGAAAAUGAAAGUAGUUUGAAAUCAUUUAUCUCUGAAGAACAAGUUUUGACUGAUCUACUUGAAAAAUUUACCCGUGAAAUCAAUCAAUAUACAACGUUUCACGUAUCACUGCCAAAUGAUCGACCUAUUCAUGAAAUUUCCAAAGCCGAACUGUCAUUGGAUUCAUCUCAAGUAAACUUAACAAAUCAUGAAUCAGAUUUAAAGAUAUUUCGUGAAAACAUUCGCAAUAGUAGCAGAGCUCAUUCAUUCAAAGCAUUGAGUGAAAUCAUUCGAUUGACGCAUGCUCAAGCGUCUAAUCAAACUUGGUUGAGAGCUUUGUGUCUGUUGACAUCAAAUGAAAAAGAUCUUCUACGAACAAUUUUAAUGCAGCUAAAUGAUGAUUUAGCCAUGCAGAUUGAGCGAGAUCCGAACAAUAUUGAGAAUGAUCGAACCUUGGCGGAUGAUGUUGCUUUAAGUUAUGCUCAAUUUCGAGUUGACCUAUUAAAUGAAGAAUCUAAUCGUGAUAUGUUGUCAAAUUAUAUUAAUGUUGCUCGUCUUUCAACCGAACUUCGGGAAUGGACAAAAAACGCCCAUUUGAAUGUGUUCAACGUAUUGGAAAAUAUCAAAAAAAUUAGCGAUGAUCUAAAUCGUGCGCAAAAUCAAAUGAAAAAUUUUCUAUCAGAUUCUAGUUGUAGUCUGCUACCUGUUGAUUUAAGACCAGAAGAUCUUAUUUGUCUUCUUCUACCCGAAAAUGCAUCGGCUAUACAAAUGAUUUGUUUGAAAUUAAAUGACAUUGACUUAUUUCUGUCGUGUCGUACUGACAAAGUCGAGCCGAUGCAUUUAUCCGUUACAUUAUCGCCGUCAGUAGCAACACACGGUCUAGCUAGUUUUGUCUAUCGUCAGCAAACAUCCAAGAUACCGUUAUUUGAUAGACAAAGACAUGUUCAAUAUGUUUUUAGUGAAACAAUCAAUGUUGUUCAGCAACUCACCAAUCUGUGUGUCGAUCCUAGAAUUCAAGAAAGUCUUUUGAUGACGGUUUGUACAAGCAUUAAAGAAUUAUUCCCUAUACAAAUAGCACUUGGAUUGGCGUUAAUGAUUUUAAUCGAUUGGUCAGCAAAUAGCCUGAAGGAUUUCAAACCUAAUCAAAAUUUACUAAGAAUUAUAACAUUAAAAGAGGACGAAAUCGAAUUGUCAAACUUGAAAGCAAAUAUUCAUCAACUUGAACAAGAAUUAAAUAGAUUAGAACAAGAUUGUGACAAGCGUCGACGUGAACGAGUAGACGCAGAACUUGACUGCCAUUUGGCGAUGACCGAAGACCAUUUUGUUGUUGAAAGCAUCGAAAGAAAAGUAAAAGAAUGUAGUGGACGAGAGAACUCGGCUGAAAUACAAAUGAAGGGAAAACAAACUGAAAUUUCAAGGGAAAAACAAAAGUUUGAAAAAGCAAUGAAUAUCUAUCAGCGCGGAUUGGAGCGAGCGCAAGAUCAGUGGAUGAAUGAUGUUCUGAAGCAUUUCUCAGCAAUCUCGGAAACGAUCAAAAAUUAUCUUGUGAAUUUAGCAAAUCGUUUGAGUUUGAAUAUUUCAACAUCAGUUGAUCUAAAUACAUUUCUUUGCAUUCCAGUAGCUAUUGCUAAGGAGUGUUUACUCGGAACAACAACAUCAAUUGUGGAUGAGAGUCAGAUUUAUAUUUUAAAGAAAGCCAUACUAGAAGAACUCGAUUUUGUUCAAGCUCAUUCAAUGGCUUUAGCUGAAACUGAUCCCAUGCACUUAUUUAUCUCAUUCUAUUGCGAUUCAAUACGCAUUUCAUUUUCAUCCUUGUUGAAUUCGACAAUAAGUUGGAAAGACUAUUGUCAAAUACUUCGAACACAACAAAUGAAAUAUUACGCGGAUGAAAAGAGAAAAGAAAGUCUAUGUCAAUUAAACUUAUGGACACGAGAGCAAUGUUCAUUAUUUCUUAAUGAAAUUCGAAUGGGAUUCAAUCAAAUUGAUAUUCUAAAACAUGCCCAAAAUAUAAGCAAACAUAAUACACAAUUUCAACAUUUGAUUCGUGAAUAUGAAAGAUUUGUUAUCUAUUUGCUCGCUGCUGGUUGUCGUUAUUUUCAAUUGCAACGUGGAAUACGUGAGCCACUUGAUGAUUUAUUAAUUGGUGUAACAGCAGACCUAGUCGAUUUCUCACAAUUUCCACAUACAGAAAUCGAUCUAUUAAAUCUGUUAGAACGAUAUGAAAGUCAAUUGAAUAGCCAUAGUGAUAUACUUUUAUUGCUUCCAUUACAUCUUACUUUUAAGUUUAAUUGUAAUCCAUUUAAUAUUUUUGAUCAAAUUGAACGUUCAAGUCAGGUUUUAGUUAAAUUUAUUCUUCCGUCAGCCUUUCUAAUCGAGCGAACAUGGUCAACAAUUGAUAAAUUAAUUGAAAGUAUUUCUCAGGCAAUAAGUGAUGAUGAAUAUCGUAUUGUCAAGGAUGUUUGUGGCGAAUUUGCUCAGCUAACAGAUGAAUCACGUCAAAUUGACGAUAAAGGCGAUUUCAUUUCUAAACAACUUCGAUCGAAUCUAUUUGAACGUUUGUCUUAUUAUAUUGAUGAUUUAUGUAAAAUUAUACUCAAAAAUCGAUCAAGCAUGAAAUUAUAUUGUGAUGAUCUCAAUCAACGAUGGCAUUUAACCAUGAAAGAGAUAUUUCGUGGUUUCAUCAAAACGCAAAAAUUUCAUAUUCAUCGGCAGCUUUCUUGGAAUCAACGUAAUUUUAAAUCCGCGACCAAUUCGCUACUCUUAUCAGAGACAAACAGUCCUCUUCGAUUGGGAAAUAUUGAAAAAAUUCUUCAACAAAAAUCUCUCGUCUUACACUCGAUCGAAUCGAAGAAAAAAGUGGAAUUGUUAAAGAAUUUUCAUUAUCUUAAAAUUCUCUAUCAGUUGAGUGUCGGUGGAAUCGAUAAUUUAGAAUCGAUCAUUAUGAAUAUGCCAAUGGAACACAUGAAGUAUAAUGUGCUAUUGAAAUUAAUGCAUUCAACACGCGAUAUUUAUGAUCGAGGUGAAAAAUUACUUCUCGAAGAAUCAUUAGUAAGCUUAUUAAAUGAUUCUCAAAAGAUUGAAGAAAGUUUUGGAUUACUUGAAAAUAUUCAUAAACAAGAAUUCAAUAUCUUCAAUGAUUUUUAUAUUUUAUCGAAAGCAACAGUAGAAAAACGUUUUCGUGAUAUAUGGAAUUCGAUUGAUUUGCAAUCGCUUGCAAAACAAGCAACAGAAGCCAAUACAAAUUGGCUGCAUGCUGGCACAAGUUUUGCCCAAUUACGCCAAAACAAGCGAACAAAAGAUGAAGCAUUUUUGAGCAAAGCUAAGCGUAAAGUGGCUAGUUUUGGACGAAAGAUGUGGUCGUUUUUUGUGUCUGAUCCUACUGAUGAUACGCAUAAUGAUAUCGAUCAUUGUUUUGCUUCUGUAGUACAUGAUACUUUGCUUUUUAUGCAAUCACAGCAGCAUGGCAUAAAUCGAAUCUUUACGGUGGCUCGUCAAGAAGAAUUAAAUAAAAUAAUCGAAUUACAUCGAAAGUAUCAAUCAGUAAUUAAUAUGUCACCACUGAAUGAACAAUUAUUUCCCGAGUCCGAAAGUAUAUUUAUUUUGCGAAUCAAUCGUAUCGAUUGGAACGUUCAACAUAUUUCAGUUUUGUUUUGGGAUUCGGAUAAAGAAAAAGUUCCUUGUCUUAUUUUACCCAUUCAAUUGAAUACUGCUCUUCGACAAGUAAACAUUGUUGUUAAAACGCACAUAACACACUUGGCUGUUUAUACUGAUUACUAUAGUGGUAGUAAAAUGAAAUGGUCCACACUCGUCGAUAAUCAAAUCCCAUAUCAUAUACAAAAUCAUAUCAAAUUGAUAUGCCAGCGAGUUUAUAACAAAAAGUGUUACACUGUGAAUGGUGUUGGAAGCGAACUUAAUCAAGCGCCUGUUCCAUUGGUCGGGGAUUUGCAAAAAGAUUUAACUGAACUAGAACAUCAACUUCUUAAUCAAUAUAAACGAACUAAAGAACAGAGUGAGUUCCUAUCAUCUUCCAUCACUCGAGCAAUCGACAAGUUGACCAUCCAUAUGAAAGAUAUUCUCACCAUAAUAUCUUACGUGACACUAAAUCCAAAUGAUUUAUCAAGUCCAACCGAUAUCUACAGACUAUUCAUGCAAUUGCCACGAAUCGAUAACUUGAAGAAAGCCUUAGAUCUACUAGAGAUCAGCGAAUUCACAUCAAUAUCACCAGUAAUACAAUACGUCAACGAUGAUGAUCCAGCGAUCGAUGUUGAUUUGCAAUAUGUUCAAACCCAUUCGAUGCAGAAAGCAUUUUACUCAAGCCGACAAUGCCUCAUAGAUGCUAGAGCUCAAAUACAUCAUUUUAUGGAUAAUUUGCAUCUAAACCGGGCACAUAUGACUUUAACUUAUGCAUGGGCCAGUGCGCGCUUGACUCAUGGAUCUCAAAAUACACAAGAAGAGUUCUCAGUUAUGCUGAAAGAAUGUGCACAACUCGAUCAGAGACCAUUCACAAGAAACAAUGAAGAAGUCGUUCGACAUCGAAUCGAAUGCCAACGAGUGGUAAACGACGCACAGCAAGUGUAUAGAACACUUAAACGAUCAUCGAACAAUUGGGCUGAAAUUAAACGUCUCGCAAGUUUAUCGUCAUUACCGAUCGAAGAUGAUCUCACCGUGGCAUUCGCUCGUUCUGAAAUGAGCCGUGAUGUUCAUCUAUGGCUGAUCAAAACAAAGAACGAUGAUGGAACAUCAACUAAUUUAGCAUGUCAUCCACAAAAAGCUAUUCUUGAUUUUGGCAUUACACUCAUAGGCAUUCAUAGACGAUUGAUACAGCGUAUAUUUAUUCAUAAUCAUACAGAUCAAGAUUUGAAUGUGAAAGUUGAUAGAAAUGUAGCAGGUGAUACUUUGUUCGAUGUGACCGGUGAAAGUCAACAAGUAAAUGCAAGUCAUAUGUGUGAAUUAGAAGUACAAUUAAGACCGCCGACCAAGAUUGGUUCAUUAGAUGAAAACUGGAAUCUUGUUAUCGAUGAUACAAUAACACUUUCGAAUGCCAUUCGAUCGACUAUUCAAAUUGUCGAAAUGGAUGUCGAAAUGCCAAUUGAUACCAUCGAUUUUGGUCUCGUGGCUUGUAGUAAUCAUCGAAUUGAGAAGACAAUCGACCUAAAAAAUGUGCUACCAUGUCCGGUACGUAUCAAAUCUCAAAUACAAGCCACUGAAACGAAUAAAAGGCAAUCUCAGUUAAUUAUUAUGAAUAAUGAACUUGAAUUACCAGAUAAUUCAGUCGUACCCUUUGGGAUUGCACUUGAACCAGCAGAUAACAUCGAGGAAGAUAUUGAUGCCGAUGUUUGUCUAGCCAUUGAUUCAGCUAAAAAUCUUAAAUGGAUCAAAGUACUUGCACAUGUUCGACGUCCUCGUCUUACAGUGAUUUAUGAAGGUCAUACUUACAACGAACAGAGCCAAUCGUAUCGCGUAGCAAUUAGUAACUUUUACAAAAACGAGAAACGUAUUAUUCCUAUCGAAUUUCGAAACGAUGGAACGAUUGAAUACACCCUUCGUCUAUCCUCACCGAAACUUACACUUACUAUAACCGAAGUCAAUCUAUCGGUAAAUACAACAAAGACAGUUCCAAUAGAAAUUCAAAUGCCAGCUGUUGCUCAUCGAGAAUUUGUGCUUGCCAUCGAUUUUAUCAAUAUUACACGUCAAUCUCAAUUGAUAAUUGAUUGUCAAACAGCUCAGCCUCAACUGGUCUAUUCAAUGCAAAAAAAUGAUAAAAAUCAGAUUAUGAAUAUAUCACAGUCAGCUCAUAUGCAGCAAAUCUGGAACAAAGAUUUACAAAUAUUAUUACCUAUCGAGCAUGAAAUAAUAUUCACAAAUGACAGUAAAGCUGCUGCUACUCUCAGCUACAAGCGACUUGUAUCAUCACAAGAUGUUCAAACAUCAUUGGUAGCUAAUUUUCGUAUGGAACCUGAUAAUCUUAUCAUUCCUCCCAAGUCCAAAGUUCCUGUACGCUUUCUCUACCAUCCUGUCGAUUUUGAAAAGUUCGAUGUUCAAGCAGAACUAUUAACAAAUACAUCUAUGGAUCCAAUGCGUAUUCCAUAUUAUGUCGAGUUUCAUACACCAAUCUUACAAACAACUCAACGCAGUUUGAUUGAUAUUGGGUUGAUACAACCGGGGAAAAUCUUCAAGAAAAGUAUUUUAACUGUAGAAAACAUUGGAAUACUAGAACUUCGCUUUGCUAUAUCUGAUCCUCUUAGAAAAAAAUCAUUUGUUAAAGUAGCUACUCUACAAGAAUCAUCAUUGAAUGUAAGACCAUCAUCAAUCAAUCGACCAUUGAAAAUUGAGCCGAAGAAGCAACGUUCAUUUGAUAUUGUAAUUGAAUGUGAUACAAUUGAAAAUAGUUCUAUGCCAGAAAUAAUUGGACUUGUUGAAUUUGAAUUAAUAAGUUUAUGUGACCCGGUGAUCGACAUCGAUGGAAAACUAGUCAAUCGUACUGUUACGAUAGUUAUUGUUGGGCACACAUUGCCUUUGCCGGACUUCGCUUUACCUCAAGAUCUCAAGCCGAGUAUUUGGUCAGAUCUUGAGUUACUACCUUCAUCUUGGCUGUAUCAAAUUUGUCAAGAACAUUCACUGCACAACUCUUACAUUCCCCUUGUAGCACUGACAGCUAUUGCUCAUGUAUGCGGAAUACAGCAAACGAAAAUCAAAUUGCCUUUGGCUGCGAAUGAAUGGGCUAUGUUCUGUACGAAUCUCAAUAGUGCUAACCAACAUACAAAUAUGAACGCAUUAACUCUUGAUAUGUUUAUGAAUGCAACAACAGCAAGCAUGGCAAUUGAUAUUCUAACCAAACUGCUAAGAUCUGCAUUGCCAAACUACCGAUCAUUCUUUCAUCAAUCGAGUCUCUUUCAUCAGUCGUUUUCCAAUAAGGAGUCUAUUCGACUUCAAUUGUUCGGUGUGAUUAAUGCAGCUGGUAACAUUGGUGAAGCCUAUACAAUGCAGAGCUAUGCAUUGAAAUUAUGGAACAUCUAUGAGCAAUGUCCAUUAGAUCAUGGAUUUCGGCAAUCGAUCGAGCUUGUUCAUCAAUGCAUUAGUAAUGAUUGUGCUAUGCCAGAGACCAUUCGUACUUUCACCAAAUUCAUUCAUCAAGCAAUACAGUUAACUGAAGUAACAGCUGUUUCACAAGAAUUGUCAAAUCUGAUUCCAUCAAGUAAUGCUUUUGGAGAGCUAAUCAAAUCCUCGAUCAAAAUAUCGGACUUUAAAUGGUUUCUGUUGUUUGCACAUAUCGAGGACAAUAUUAUAGAACUGAUGACCCGACUAGUUAAAAAGGAAUGGCAAGCGUUACUCGAAUUACACCUGAUCCUAUUCAAGCGACAACAAUCAACAAUGUCACUUCAACGAUCACUAAUUGUAGCAGUUAAAAACAUGAAUCUGCCGUGGAACUCAUUGGAUGCCAAUAUAAAAUCAGAUAUCAUUGCAUCAUUGUUUGCUGACUACACAAAACUUAUUCCCAUUCUUAUCUCUGUGUCAGACAAACAACAAUCGCGAAUGGAUGAUUUAUUAACAGUGAGUGAGGUAAUUCUUGCAUGUUCUGAGCCAUCAAUUUCAUUCGAUUCUAUUCGAAAAAUCUUCAAAGAAAUUUCCUUUAAUAAUAUUUAUCAAGCAUUAAAAACUCAUUUUGGUUCAUCAUAUACAUCGCUCGAUUAUCUUGCAUCACAAAUUCUCCGAUUUCGCGAAACACGGACGAUUGGUGGUCAGCAUAAUCCCAUGAUUGAUACGGGCAAUCAUGAAAUAUUUUGUGAUAUAAUGCGCCAGCUUAUCGGAUUUACAGUCUCUCAGUGGAGUUCUACCAGAAAAGCUAUUACCUUUGCCUAUGAUUUACUUUGUGAUCUAGGUCAACAUAAUGUCACAGUAGCUUCUACCAUUUCACAGGCUUUUCUUCUUCUGGAUGUCCUCAGUCCAAAUAAAAAAUGGUAUUCCAUCAGAAACUUACUCUUGGGUCUCAAUUCAACACCGACAUGGGAUACAGCGCUCAAAUUUAUGGAUGGUAUUGAAUGUGAUCGCAUUGUUCUUGGUCUUAUAGAAGUAUUGGCGACUGCCGAUAUCGAAGAAAUAAUGGCAGAAACGAUCUUGGAACUAUGUCGUCUUGUUUCAACCGAAACAGAACUAAGUGCGCUCAAAUCACAUGAAUCUGCCAUUAGUCAGCUAUCUGUCAAUAAUUCAAUAGUCGAAUUGUUCGAAAAAGUCCAAUUUCAUAGCCCUCCAACAAUGCAAGAAAAAAUCCAUGCCUAUCUAACUUUGCUGCGUCUAUCAUCGCAUUCUGCACUGGACGUAGAAAGUCAACAUAUCUUAUUCGAUAAUCUAGUUACAUCAUGGUUAACACUGUUCAAUAUUACUUGUGUGAAUUCUCAACAAGUAUUCACAGUUAUCUCGUCUAUCUUAACUUCAUUUCAUGGUCUAAUAUACACCAAAGAUAUUCCAUUAGCUCAGCAACUCUAUACAACAGCAUUAACAUCAGCACUUUGCCGUCUCGCCAAUUUUCGCCAACAUAAUCGUGCAUUAAACUUCGUCAAGCCGUUAACUGUGCCUACAAGCAAUUUACCUUCUAUUCUCAUUACAAUACGUGAAACUCUCGCUAAACGUACUUGUGAUGAAAAGAUUCCACCGUUGACUGUUCAACAAACAGCACCAAAGCCAAUACUUACGAGGAUGACAUCAAUUGAAUGUCCUUAUUCGGAAGCGACACUCACACAAAUGGAAACAUCAGUACUGAACUACAUUAAGAAUGUUUCUCGACCGCCAGCAAUUUUUCUUGAAUCUGAUACAAUUCGUCAUAUUGUCGACACAGCACUGAACACUCGGGCACAUGUUAAUCAAUGGUAUGCUACAUUUACUACUCUAAAUGUUCUUGUACAUUAUCGAUCAAAUCCUACUGAUUUGCAACGAAUCAGAGCUGCUCAUGACAUUGUUCAAUAUGGUAUUCAGCUGCUUCGUGAUCUUAUUAUUGCAAGAAAAGUUCUUGAGCCUACCUUCGCUCGUAUCGGUAUUCAAUUCUUGACGAAAGAACUAAUGCAACUCGAGAAAUGUUUACUCUCAUUGGCUCUCGAGAAAUAUCCAAACAUGCGACAUGCUUUGCGUCAAUUGAAUAUUGAUGUCAGUCGAAUUAAAGUUGAUUUCAAACCUCCUUCGGCUUCUGUUGCGCCUAAAGGUCGGUCUUCAAAUAAACCUAGAUUUGAGAUCCUUUCAGGAAUAACGGAUAUGCCCGAACCUACACAGCAGACAAGUGGAUUAACAUCGGUGACAAACACCGAUGAUGAUACACCGUUGUCAUUCGAUGAUUGGGAAAAUGCAACUGGAGCACAGAGUGAUCAACAGAUAGAAGAUGCUUUGAAAUUGGAAAAGAAGAGAAAAGAGAUGAAAUCGAAAAAAAUGAGCAAACUAACUUCGAAUCAAGGUCUUCGAGCAAAUGUCCAGAAUUUAGCAAGUGGUAUGUUAAAUCAAAAUACGAAUACGAUGAAAGCUAUACCUGCCAGCGGUGGAGCCGCUCAGAGUGACAUUAUUCCGAUGGAUGCAAGUGAUAAUCAAGAGAUAAAUAUUGAUUUAGGAAUGAAAGCUAUGCAAGAACAUUUGCAAAAACAACCGAAUCUAAUAGAAAUGUACGAAAAAAUAAAUGCUAAAGCUGCUUCGAUUGUACCCGAUGGGAAACUUGAUAAUCGAUCACUUCUUAAACCAUCGAGUCAACAUGAGCGGUGGACUUAUCAAUUGGUUGUUGAGAUUCCGGCAAUUAAUCACAUGAUCGAUCUCAUAGUGAAAGAGUUCCGUUCGUAUUGGGAAAAGCUUGAUCUAGCUGAAGAACAUCAAAUUCAUUGGUGUAUUAUGAUCGAUAAUUCGGGUUCGAUGAGUUUGCAUCGAAAUUCUAUUUAUGAAGCACUUGUCAUCAUUAUGGAAUUAUUGCGUAAGCUCGAAAGUAAAUUUGCUGUUGCACGAUUUGGCACGCGAACUAACCAGAAAAUCUUAAAAAAUCUUGAUGAUCUCUUCACGAAUCAAGAUGGACAAUAUGUUCUUGAAGCAUUAACUUUUGAUGAAGGAACAUAUCCUGCUACAGGACUGGCACGUAUCGCUAAUAAAAUAUUUCCAGUAGAAGAAACACAAAGACCGUCAGAAUCUAUUAUUCAUCGCCUUGUUUUGAUGAUUACCGAUGGUUUAACACAAGAACGCGAUGAUCAAAGUUAUUCGGAAACAAUCAAUAGAAAUAAAAUCAAUCUUGGUUUCAUGUUCAUUGAAACAGCUGAUCAAAGUAGCAGUCAAGUUCUACUUCGACGUUUAAAGCAAGCUCAAAGUUGCAUUCUCAAAGCAAAUAAUAUUUCUGAACUUCCAUAUAAGAUACCUCAACUUAUGCAUGAUAUGGUAAAGGCUUGUCUGGCCAAAGUAUCUUCAUCAGCAUUACCACCGGCAACACCAUAUCCAGUGAUCCAAAUCAAAGUGCCAUGUGUUAAUUCAAAUAUACUGAUUGAAGAAAUUCUUGCUACAAAAGAAAAAUAUACAGCAAUCAAUCAAACUUCGUAUACAAUCAGCAGUCCAACAACUAGCAUCCCAAGAUUGACCCAAAUUCGUUCACAAUUAUCAACUUAUUUAUCACAAGCACAUGAAUACACUGAUUAUGGAUCGCGAGCUAUGGAUGCACUUCGCCAAUAUUAUCAUUCGCUCAAACCAACAUCUAUGAUGCAAGAGAUAGAGAAAAAAUGGAUAAGCUAUGAAUAUGAGUUUUCAGGUCUAGUCGAUGAUCUAUCGGCUGUACUUGGUGACAUAGUCUUUCCGUUUAACAAAUUUACGCGCCGUCGAGCAGCACUACGUGGCUCAUCUCUGUAUUUGCCUGGUGUGAUCAAAGCAAUGACUACUGAGUGGACGUAUAAGAAAAUUUUUAGUGCUAAAUUAGCCGGUGGCAAACGAGAUCAUGCAAUUUGUCUUGUUUUAGAUGUGUCGACUUCUAUGUUCGGCACGUUGAGUAUUGGUAUGAUCAAAACAAUUGUCGUCUUUACUGCUGCGCUACGAAAACUUAGUUUGGAAAAUUUCGGUAUUAUUGUUUUUGGUAGAGAUGUGCGCUUAAUUAAAACCAAUGAACAGCCUUGGGAUGCAGCUUGCAUUUACACACUCAUGCAGCAACUACGUUUCGAUCGAGAUGAUGAUACUAAAGAUGCAGAUGCUCUUGAGGCUGCUAUCGAUCUUCUUAUUCAAUGUCCGACACGAGGUGAAAAGAAGAUUUUUAUUCUAACUGAUGGUUAUAGCAAUUGUGGCAAUCGUCUGUCUAUGAUACAACAACGUGCUGAAGAUCAUAACAUUGAUCUUAUUGCAAUGGCUAUAGGUACCGAUCAAACCAAUUUAAAGUCUACGUAUAAACGAUAUUUACAAUGUGCUGCACCAUAUGGUUUACCUAAAGCUUUGAGAUCUUUAUUCGAACAAGAAACUCAAUUAUUUUCACUCGAAUGGCCACAAAAAACGAACGAAGAUGAAGAUAUAGAUAACGAUGAAAACAGUGACACACCGAAAAAGACCCUCUUUGAUGGCAUUAAAUCGAAUAAAGUCUUUGGAGAAAUGAUACAAGAUUUGGCUGGUGAACGCGAGAAAAUAUUAAUUAAUAGUGGUCAUCCACCAUCUAAUAUAACAGUUGAUAUUUGUUUCUGUCUCGAUUGUACUGGAAGUAUGUCACGAUGGUUAUCAGCAGCUAAAGGACAAAUGAAAAUAAUUAUCGAAGACAUCACCAAAUUGAUUGAAAAAGAAUAUCCAUCGCUUAAAUUAAAAUUGCGCUUUGCCAUCGUGGGCUAUCGUGAUAUCAGUGAUAGACCACAAUUCUUUGUUCAGGACUUCACUGAUGAAGCAACUAAAAUAAUUAAUUUCCUCAAUGGAUUAACAGCAAGUGGUGGUGGUGACAUACCUGAAGAUGUUCUUGGUGCACUUAAUCAGUGUUUAACCUUGACAUGGAGUAACACGAAUGCUCGCUUCAUCGUUCUCAUUACUGAUGCACCGGGCCAUGGACCGGAACUAAAUGAAAAUUUAACUAUAGAUCAGCAUGCUCAGGGAGUACCAACACACACAGUGAGCACCAUCUGUGCCGGUCUUCUGAAGAAAGAUGCAGAAAUCGAUCUUAUUUUUUGUCGUAUCAAACCAAAUGCAACAGCUAAAAUGGAAAAAGCUUUUGCUUCCUAUUACGAUGCUCAAAAGGACGAGACAGGCAAACAAUUUACUAAGAUUAAGCUAUUUGAUGAUGAAGAACAAGAGGCACAAUCAUUUCAUUUUGUCUUUGUACUUGAUGAAUCAGGCUCCAUGACUGGUGAAUGGAACGCCUUGCAAUCUGCCUAUAACGCAUUUUUAAACAGACGUAAUGAUGAUCAAGGUGCAGGAGAUUAUUUCACUGUCGUUCAGUUCGAUUCCACCGCUCGCAUUAUUUGUCAACAGCAACAACUUGCUAAUACGCCCCGCUUGCUAUCUAUGAAAGGUGGCGGUACAAAUUAUUUUCAAGGUCUAGAGAUAGCCAAACAAGCAAUAGCUAAUGAUCAAACAAAAUCCUCGGUCGUCAUGAUUUUCAUGUCAGAUGGCGGGGAUGGCAGCGGUAAAGAUUGUGUAGCAAUCAUACGACAACUUAAACAACAAUAUGGAGUAAAUCACAACUUUGUAUGUCAUACGGUCGGCUUUGGCUCUGGAAUAUCUCAAGGAAGUUCAGCAGCACAGUUGCUGACUAAUAUGGCAGCAGCCAGUGGUGGUCGAACAUAUUCAGCACAGACAGGCAAUGAUCUUAAAACUGUAUUCAAUCAUAUCGCUGCUAACAGUACAACAAGUGAUGCACUCGUCGAGCGUUUCUCGGAAAUUCUAGCACGAGAGAUCAGCGUCAAAAUAAUGGUUGAUUAUCUUUAA